AUGGCGCAGGAGUUUGUGAGCAGUAAGAUCCGGGGCGAUAAAGUGACGGUGUUCGGGAAGCCUGCCUGCCCUUAUUGCCACAUGGCGGUGGAGUUGCUGGAGGGGCUGGGCGUCAAGAACCUGGAGUACGUCGACCUCACGACCCGAGCGGAUAUGGCCAACAUUCAGGACUAUAUGCUGCGCACCACCGGCGCCAGAUCGGUCCCUCGCGUCUACAUUGGAGAAACAUGUAUUGGUGGUUAUGACAACCUGAAAGCUCUAUACGACCGUGGAGAACUCAUUCCAAAAUUAAAGCAAAUUGGUGCAUUGUAG